UGCCCCAGCAAUGAUUUACCAGGCAGGGGGAGGCUCCCAGCCUCCGCCCCUUGGACCUUGGAGCCAGGCCCUGGCUCUGCUGUGGCUCCUCUCCAUCAGGAAUGUUUUCCCUGUGGUCAUGGCUGCCUGGGCUGACGUGGGGCUGGGCGCUGCUGGAUGCUCUGCUGCAAGGUGAGAGCCCCCGGGGUCCAUGGGGACAGCUUGGGUACAGCUCAGGGACACUGGUGACCUGCUGCUGCCUUUUCCCUGCAGGGCUGGUGGGUGCCUGCGCCGUCUCGGUGCUCUGCAGCCUCCUGAAGGUUUAUCUUUACAUCCAGUGCCUGAAUGACCCGGAGGGGCAGGCGGAGAAGGAGGCGAUGCGGGCGCAGCGGCGGGUGCUGGAGCCACUGCAUGUGCUGGUGCUGACGGGGCUGCUGGCGCUGGUGGGCUCCCGCGUGGCUGCACUGGUGGUGCUGGAGUUCUCCCUGCGUGCAGUGUCCACCCUGCUCUCCCUCAGCAAGGGCUCCCACAGCACCCAGCUCUACCUGCAGUGCCAGUACUCACUGGGCUGUGGCGUGUCCUGCGGCCUCAGCUUCCUGCUGGAAGGGGCUCCCCAUGGCACCUGCAACCUGGCGCUGGCGGCAGGGCUGGCAGGGCUGCUGGCCUGCGGUGCACGGCGCCUGGCGCGGCACGUCUGCACCCUGUAUGAGCUGCACAGCCCCGCACAGUACUGCGGUGUCUGCAUCCUCCUGCUCAGCACCGGGCACCGCAUCCCGCGCCUGCUGCGCCGGGCGCUGGCCAUCACCUUCACCGUGGCUGACCUGGCUGCCGUGGCCCUCAUCAACCGGGAUUUCCUGUCCACGGGGGAGGCCGUGCGCUUCUGGACACCACUCACCAUCUGCUACACGCUGCUGAUCGUCUACAUGCAAGAGGAGCCGCAGCAGAGCAGCGGGAGGCGGCCGGUGUUCCAGACGGUGCUGGUGCGGAUGGGAGGCCUCUUCAUCCUCCUCCUCACUGUUGGUCAUUGGGUUGACAUCUUCCACAUCCUCGUCUCGCUGUUGGGAGAACUGUGGUGCCUGUUCCAUGCCCGUGUCCUGCUGGAGGCGUGCUGGAGGCAGGACUUCGCUCAGCAUUCUCGGUUGGACAGGCAGCCAAGAUCGGGAUCAGAGGAGGCAUCCUGAUGGACACAGGGUGUAACUGGGCAUCAGAGACUCAAAGUGGCUUUGCCUGGCUCCCCAAAACACUUACACCCCCCCAAAUCCUCCCCAUCACAGAUCCCCCAUGGGGACGAAGGGAAAAGGGCUCCUGGAAGGUGCUGGACCCCAUCCCACAGGGUGGGGGAGGUCAGGGGGAGGCUCUCGUAUCCCCUGAUUUUAGGGGGAUCCCAUGAGGUUGUGGCACUGCUGGGGAUUGGCUCCCUGGUCCCACUGUGGGUCUGGGAUGCUGACGGAUGCUCCGGCCCUGGUGGCUGCAGGAUCACACUGUGGCAGUUCAGGGGCCUCCAAGGGCUUGUAAACCUCGGGAAAUAAAGGUUUUUCCAGCAAAA